AUGGAGGAUUUGACAACGGUUCUUUGUAUUCUGGAGCCACGAGCGACCUUGCAAAAAGCUUCGCCUUCAGAAAUAAUAGCCAGCAAUUAUGGAUCCAUUCCAGCGUCGGAAACAUCAUAUGAUCCUGUGUACGGCUUAGAUUCUGAAGAUGAAUUUACCGAAAGAGAUCCUGUAUACAUCGUUGCUUUGGUGGUUUUCUUCUCAACCCGGAUGAACCUGAUAAAAAUCCCUUUCCCGGCAUCGAUCCCGAGAAGUUGUCGAGCACCGGCGUCGAUUAUGAGAAGAUUCUGCCCACUGUUUCCAGACAAGGGUCCCCCGUGUUUUGCUUUUAUAUCUGGCGAUGGAAAGCUCGUGGUGGCUGUGAAUCAUCCACGCGCCUCUGGCGGAUUGCCCCAGAAUGUAAUUGGUCUUAAUCCUCACAUGAUUGCCACCGUCUCUGGAGAGAUAGACGGCAGUGAACAGUUGCUUAAAGAUCUGAAAGCGAAGUGCCUUGAAUAUGAACGCGAAAAGGAUCGAAGAAUUAAGAUCGUAGAGGCAUCACAUUUGAGGAUCGACAUUUUAUCUUCUCGUCCUGAAGUGGGACUGAUUGCGGGGUGGGACCAGGAAUCGGACGCUGCUGAACAUUACCGCGCGGAUGGUAUGGGAGUACUGAUCAAGGGGAAUAGAUUCGCGUCCGGCUCUAGAUUUGACAUUGCGUAUCUCGAUCUGAAUGAGUAUGAAGGAUAUCGUGUUUGGGAUUCUCGGACAGUGGAAAAGUUGAUCAUUUUUCAAGCAUAUAAGAGUAGGAAAGGUCGAACAAAAGCCCCUCACGUACGGGAUUCCGAAGGAAAAGCAGUUUUGGACUUUGUAUCCACCAUAGAUUUAGUGGAUAAGGUAGAGAGUCUUAGAUCCAAGUAUGACUUCCCCUCAGCCUUAGAGGCGAGAGCUCCCUUAGGAAAUGAGAGGGGCAACUCUCCUCCAAGGGGAAGAAUUACCGUGUAUGAUCGAUUUAUGCAUCUAGGGCUUAGAUUUCCCCUCUACCCCCUGUUUGAGGAGAUUGUUCAACCUUAUAGGACUCCUCUCGCUCGUUUUACCCCAAAUUUAAUUACAUUUGUACUGGGGUUUGCGAGAGUGUGCCAACAUGAUUGGUAUAUAGUAAAAAGACGCCUUAGAACUGGCGUGAAGAAGAUGGUCGAGGCGUAUGGCGGUUCUCUGGAAUGGAAACCGGACUUUGUGUUUGUAAAGGCGCCUGCAAGUUAUUGUCUGCCAUGGAAUCUCCGAGAGACAGAGGGUCUCGGGGCCAUAAAAGAUGAAUGGACCCAAGAGGAUGAAGAGUGUGUCGAGGAGUUCCAGGCAGAUAUGGAGAAAAUUCUAAAAUAUUCGAAGGUCGUUAAGUGGAACGACGUUCCAUACUAUGUGCCCCUGCAUAUGCGAAGGAAGGUGAUACAGUCAUCGUCAAGGGAGCAACCAGAAUUCCUCUCGAAAUCUCUAUUGAAGAAGAUCAAGAAAACUGUGCUAGAAGCAGGGCCAAGCAUAGUUCCUCCCGUGGCAGAGAAAGGGAAGGGCCCUCUCGAGGGGGAGGCUAUAGUCUUGCCUCCUCAACUGUUCGAGGGAGGCCCAUCUGUGGCAAUUCACACCUUCAGCAACCCGCCGUCAAUCGAGUGUCCUAUUCUCAAGGAAUUCGCUGCCCAGCUGAAUGAAGCUGACAGCCUGAGACUGGUAAACCUAGCUACAGCUCGGGCAGAAAGGGACGAGGCGUUAUUCGAGGUGGUUACCCUCGAGGAGAAAGCUCGCCAAGUUCAGGCCAAGGAGGCUGAAAUUGUCGAGGUCCAGGCCAAAUAUGAUGAGCUUGACGAGAAGAUGAAGUCGUUUGCCAGCCUGCAUAUUUCCAAGGAGGAACUUCACCAGUGGUGUACCGCCUUUAUGUAUAAAAUGAUGUCCACAGGGGGAAUGGCCGCAGCCCUCGAGGAGAUGAACUUGGUUGCCACCAAGUGUGGUGCACACCGAGUUGGCGUGGCAGGGUUGAAGAGGCUCGACCAGGGUAGACCAAUUAAGGCUAAAUGGUUCAAGCAGCUCCUGAUGAAGGACCCAAAGAAAACCAUGCACGAAGCCAUGGUGAAGGUCUUGAUAAGGUUGAGCCUCGAGCAGCUUCCUCUGUGGGGAGCUUUUGUACCGGUGCCAUAUCCAAAAUGA